AUGUCGUUGAAACAGGAAAUUGAAACCUGGGUUGCGGCCCUAGCCCGCUACGACAACAAUGAGUUCGAAGACGCCAUCAACGAGUUCUCCAAGAUUGGAGACACGAGCAAGAUCCUCUUCAACAUGGGCGUGAUCCACGCCACCCUUGGCGAGCACGAGAAGGCUGUUGAGAGCUACCAGCGAGCGAUCCGACUAGACCAAUACCUCGCCGUCGCCUACUUCCAACAAGGCGUUUCCAAUUUCCUCCUCGGCGACUUCGAAGAGGCUCUUGCAAACUUCAACGAUACCCUCCUCUACCUCCGUGGCAAUGCCAUGAUCGACUACGCCCAGCUUGGCCUCCUCUUCAAGCUCUACUCUUGCGAAGUCCUCUUCAACCGUGGCCUGUGCUACAUCUACUUGCAGCAAACGGAAGCCGGCAUGCAAGAUCUUUCAUACGCUGUCAAGGAGAAGGUUGUGGAGGACCACAAUGUGAUUGAUGAGGCUAUUCGCGAACAGGCAGAGGGCUACACUGUCUUCUCCAUCCCUGUAGGAGUUGUGUACAGACCCAACGAAGCCAAGGUGCGAAACCUCAAGACCAAGGACUAUCUCGGCAAGGCUAGACUCGUUGCCGCCUCGGAUCGUUCUAAUGCUUUUACCGGCUUUGCCGGCUCUGAGAUCAAGAACGCCGGCAAGUUCGAAGUCAAGGACGACAGACCCCCCGACAACAUCUCUUUUGCCGCCACAAACCUCGUCAAGCCCGGCCUUCAAUCAAGAAGGCAACAAUCUGAACCACCAGCCAACCGAAAUGUAUUUCCGCCAACACCCCCGCCCGAGAACGAGCGCCCAACACGUGGUGCCUCCGUGCGCGGCCAGAAGCCUCAGUUGGCUAAACUCAACAUCCAACAGGCCGAGCCGAACCGCCGCUACGAGAAGGCAGCUUCGCCCCCUGACGGCCGUUCACGACCGACACCCACGAGGUCUGCCUCGAUCAAUUCUGUCAGGCCCAUGCAGAGAGAUCCUCAGCCUCUGCAAAUGAGACCUAGGCAAAUCCCCGAGCAGGAAAGCUUCCCUGGCGAAGUCUACGACAUGUAUCAGGGACCAAGCGGUUCGCGCAACUCAAGGGGAUCAGCUGGUAGCAGACGGCAGAGGCAACGGCGAUACUCGGAGGAGGAUGACGGCUCAGACUACGAUGGUUCAAUCAACGAAGGCGACUUUGAGAUGGUGGGUGGUGCCCGCCGUGGCCCAGGGUCUGUAUCUGGCCGCCGCCGACCAGAGAUGACCAAGAUCCGAGUCAAGGUCCAUGCCGACGAAGUCAAGCUCAUCAUGAUCUCUCCCAACGCCGAGUUCUCAACCCUAGUUGAGAAGGUCCGUGACAAGUUCAACCUUCGACGUCGAUUCAAGAUCAAGGUCAAGGACGACGAUGCGCCCAACGGUGACAUGAUCACCAUGGGUGACCAGGACGACCUCGAGAUGGUGAUUGAUGCCGUCAGGGAUGAGGCGAAGAAGCAACGAACAGAGACUGGAAAGAUGGAGAUUUGGAUCUUUGAGACUUAG